AUGGCUCCAAAGAAGGGUUCCUCGAAGGGCGACGAUAGCGGCUCGAUUCCGGAGGGCGACUACGAGAAGGGCAAGAAGGUGUUCAAGGCGCGGUGCGCGCAGUGCCACGUCGUCGACUCGCUGCAGACGAAGACCGGGCCCACGCUCAACGGGGUGAUGGGCCGGAAAAGUGGCACGGUGCCCGGGUUCGACUACUCGCCCGCCAACAAGAACAAGGGCGUCGUGUGGGAGCGGCAGACGAUGUUCGACUACCUGCUCGACCCGAAGAAGUACAUCCCGGGCACGAAGAUGGUGUUCGCCGGGCUGAAGAAGGCCGACGAGCGCGCCGAUCUCAUCAAGUACAUUGAGGUCGAGUCCGCCAAGAAGCCGCAG